AAAAUGGCUGCCAUCAGGUGUACGGUUUAUUUGUAACAUUUAUAAGCAUUAUCAAGUGGUCAAAGAUUUUUAGUUCUCACUUUUCAAUAGUAAAUAGAUUCUUAGAAACACUCCUGAACACAUAGAUAUCGACUAUAUAGAUAUUUUUAUAAGGUAGUUUAUUAGAUGUAAUCGUGGAACAUUGUGACGAAAGAUCAAAGCGCGGAAGUACAAAAAGAAAAGGCGUAUGAGGAGCUGUCAAAGGGUUCUUACGUCAAUUUAUUUACAAGCAUAAGCUUUGAUGAAUGUCUGAGAGUGAUAUUUACGAUUCGGCGGACGAAUACACAAGCCUAAUGGACGGUCACGUUGCGGAAUCUCGCAUGGACGACCUGGGCUUGGUCACUGGUCGAAAAAGGCGUUCGAGGAUUAGUAACGAAGAGGUUGAAAAUGGUGUUCCCGAAGUACACAUCCAAACACCAGGUAUAUCCACCAAUGCCACUUCAGCUAGAAGAGGUGCACAGAGUAAUAAUGGACAAAGUAGAGCAAUGAAUUACAGAGACGAAGAGGAAGAAGAGUUAAAAUAUGGAGCAGCACACGUUAUCAAAUUAUUUGUGCCUGUAUCUCUUUGUAUGUUAGUCGUAGUUGCUACCAUUAGUUCUAUAAAUUUCUAUACAACCAAAGGAGUAUACUUAGUAUAUACUCCAUUUCAUGAAGACAGUAGUGAUACAAGUACGAAAGCAUGGCAAGCAGUUGCUAAUGCUUUGAUACUCAUGUGUGUCAUUGUAUGUAUGACUGUGAUACUUAUUAUCUUAUAUAAAUACAAAUUUUAUAAAGCUAUCCAUGGGUGGUUGAUAAUAAGUUCCUUAUUGUUAUUAUCUCUUUUUUCCAUUCUCUUCAUCGAGCAAGUAUUAAAAGCAUACAACAUUCCAAUGGAUUUGAUCACCUUAGGAAUAGUUUCAUGGAAUUUUGGGGUAGUUGGAAUGAUAUGUAUACAUUGGCAAGGUCCCUUGCAAUUACAACAGGCAUAUCUUAUUUUCAUCUCAGCUCUAAUGGCACUGGUUUUUAUCAAACAUUUGCCAGAAUGGACAACAUGGGUUGUGUUAGCUGUUAUCAGCAUUUGGGAUUUAAUUGCUGUGUUAUCACCAAAGGGUCCUUUAAGGGUCCUCGUAGAGAUCGCUCAGGAACGAAACGAAUCUAUUUUCCCUGCACUGAUUUAUUCGUCUACAAUUAUGUACACAGCCACUAUGACUUAUGCUGGUUAUGUGCAAGCAGCAACAAUGAUUAGCAGUGAUUCUGCGGCUGAUGAAAACGCGGGGUACUCUAUACGGGGUCAAGCUGACAAUCAAAAUAAUCCUGCAUCUGGAGAUGCAGAAGAAGGUGGAUUUACUCGUGAAUGGAUAGAAACGCAUGGUGACCGGGGUGCGAGACGAGCGCAAGAAGUACGCGACAAUUCUGCGUCAUUGACUGAAAGCUCGAGACAGCAAGAUAAUCGCACUGUACGUGAAACACAAACGCAACAACAAGUUGCUGUAACCGAGGAGGAACGAGGAGUGAAAUUAGGUCUGGGUGACUUCAUAUUCUAUAGUGUUUUAGUCGGUAAAGCUUCCAGUUAUGGAGACUGGAACACAACUUUGGCAUGUUUCGUUGCCAUUUUAAUUGGACUUUGUUUGACUUUAUUGCUGCUGGCUAUAUUCAAAAAAGCAUUGCCAGCAUUACCGAUAUCCAUCACCUUUGGUUUAACAUUUUAUUUUGCUACCAGGGUAAUCGUUGCACCGUUUGCGGAUAAAUUAGCAAGCGAACAAGUGUUCAUUUAAUUGUAGGUAUAAUCUGCAUUAUCAUUACUCAUCAUAAUUUAUUACAAAAGGAUAGUGCCUAUUUACUCUUACGAUCGUCUAGCUUUCGUAUUUCAUUUAAAUUUUAUUGCUCGUAUCCUGUAUCUCGGAUGUGUCGAUCAUCCUGUAACAUGGUACAAAUCAACAUGAAAUGUGCGUUAUACGAACUGGAUGAACCAGUAUUUUUUAACGAUAAGUAUUCAUUACUGAACAAUUACAUCGGUUAAGAGUCUAAUGUCAUGAAAAUGCUCAAAAAUACAAAUUUACAUUUGUAAGCUGGAUAAGAGAAAUAAUAAAUGACAAUUGUAUUUAUCUGA